GAGAGGUGGCGGCGGGUAGAGGGUGUUUUUUUCUCUUCCCUCCAGAGCGGGGGUUUGUAAACCGAAGCCAAAGAGUGUCCCCGUGGGCCGGGCGCACUUUUUUUUUUCUUGUCCCGGUGCGCUCAGGGCCGCCUGGUGCCUGAGAGGAAACAGUGGAGGCAGCGGGGCAGGUCACCCGGGGCGUCGGCGAUUAUAUUGUGGCCCAGCCGGCGCGCGCCGGGAAAGGCCGGGCGGGCGUGAGCGCGGGGGCUGGGCGAGGCCCCGCGACCCGCGAGGGAGGCGGUGCGAGGCCGAGUCGGCGGGCGCGAGAGCCGGGCAUGAACGCCCAGUAGCCAAGUGCCCACGGCUGCCGGGCCUCAGAGGCGACGCGCGCGCAGGCGGGCGGGUGGCAGCAGCAACGUAGCCCGGCGGCCCCGGCGGCGGGAACAGCCGCCCCAGAGGCCCCCGCGGCAGUGCGGCCGCGCUGAGGCGCGCUCCCUGCCAGCUCCGCACCGCCCGCCCGGGGCCGCCCUACCUCGGCCCCUGGCCGCCGCCGCCGCCGCCCCGAUGAGCUCUUACUUCGUGAACCCGCUGUACUCCAAGUACAAGGCGGCGGCCGCGGCGGCGGCGGCGGCCGCGGCGGGCGAGGCCAUCAAUCCCACUUACUACGACUGUCACUUCGCGCCUGAGGUCGGCAGCCGCCACGCCGCCGCCGCUGCCGCCGCCCUGCAGCUCUAUGGCAACAGCGCCGCCGGCUUCCCGCACGCGCCCCCGCACCCGCAUCCGUCACCGCCGCCCGCCGGGCCGGGUUGCGGUGGUGGGGGCGGCCCGGGCCCAGGCCAGGACUACUUCCACCCCGGCGGGGGCAGCCCGGCCGCAGCCUACCAGGCCGCCCCCCCUCCUCCUCCGCAUCCUCCGCCUCCGCCUCCCCCCUGCGGCGGGAUUGCCUGUCACGGGGAGCCCGCGAAGUUUUACGGAUACGAUAACUUACAGAGACAGCCGAUUUUUACGACCCAGCAAGAGGCCGAGCUGGUACAAUAUCCUGACUGUAAAUCGUCCAGUGGUAAUAUUGGCGAGGACCCAGACCACUUAAAUCAGAGCUCGUCUCCUUCUCAAAUGUUUCCCUGGAUGAGACCACAAGCAGCUCCUGGUAGACGAAGAGGAAGACAAACCUACAGUCGUUUCCAAACCCUAGAGCUGGAAAAAGAAUUCCUUUUUAACCCUUAUCUGACCAGGAAGAGAAGAAUUGAGGUCUCCCACGCCCUAGCCCUCACGGAGAGACAGGUAAAAAUCUGGUUCCAGAACAGGAGAAUGAAAUGGAAAAAAGAGAACAACAAGGACAAAUUCCCAGUUUCCCGACAGGAGGCAAAGGAUGGAGAAACCAAAAAAGAAACCCAAGAGCUGGAGGGAGACAGAGCCGAAGGCCUGACAAAUUAACUUCUACCUUUAAAUUUUUACCACAGACUAUUAAAACUAAUGAUCAACACAUGCUGUUGGACACCAUCUAUUUUCUUUGUUAGAAAGAACUUUACCUGUAUUUCAAGCUACCUUCAUGUCACUGCUCUUGAGGUUUCUGCGCUUUGAGAGGGGCUUGGGUGUUAAAAAAAAAAGUUUCUAGUAUGGAAUACAAGCAGCCCUUGAGCUGUCCUAUGUAAGGGUAAUUUGAUACUGACCUUGUUGCUAUAUUUUUAUAAUGGUAGUUUUUAAUGUCUGAGCUGGUGAUUCGCCUCAACAACAUAAACUUCCUAAUGAUUAGCACUAAAUAAUUGAAUAUAAAAUGCUUUAUUAAUCAAACAAGUGCACUUGAACACUUAAAAUCAUUUCUUUAUGGUGAGUAAAUUAAAAGAGAUCUAUUAAUUUUUUUAAGAAUUAUGCCUGCAGAAUAUUUACUUUAUGUUAUUUGAUUAAAACAUAUUUAUGUUUUAUUUCUGCUUUUAUAAUGAAUGGUUCGGGUGCCUUUUGUUUACUCCUUAAAGGUUUCUUUGGGUAUUUUGUAAAUGUAAUAUCUCUGGGAAAAGUCUGGGCCAAAUAUUGAAAAAGCACAUGUUAGCUGAAGAGUGUAAUGUGUAGUUCGGCUCCGCAGCUUCCUUAAACUUGGGGAAAACGUUGGGCCAAUGAGAAAAGUUUCAGGAAAGUGUCAAAGUUGACAUUUGAUAAUUUUUCAUAGUGUAUACAAAUUAUGGCAAUUUAAUCAUCUAGAGUGAACGAAUACUUGAAAAGCCAAUUAUAACAUUUUCACUCAUUAAUUUUUCACUCUGGCUAGUCGCCUUGUGGAAUGCCCCUCAUUUCUCAACUUGCUUUCGUUUUGAACUGCGCUUGGCAUCGCCUGAAAUCGCUAGGUCUCUGUGUUGUGGCCGCUGCUGUGAUUCCGUUUCUCUGAAUAGGUGCCAUAUUUAUUUGUAUUCCCUUCGCUCUGUUUGCACGCCCAUUUUGAGCCAACUUGUGUGCGUCUCAGAUGUCGGUUGGUACGUCCUCUGCUGUUCUCCAGGAUGGCCUCACCUAUUGAAACAAGCCCUGAGAGCAAAUGCAGAAAAAUCUUGAGUGUAAACAACCGCUCCAGAACAUAGCUAGCUCCUUAAUAAAGAAAUGAAUCUUUUUCUAGA